AUGAAGUCUACUUGCCCACCACCCCCGGCUGUUCACAGCUAUGCGGAAUUGGUCGACUUCAGAAAGACCUAUAUGGACACCAUUUUCGUUUCCAUUGAUAUCGAAAAUAUCGACCACCAACCCAAUGACCGUCCGAUGGAAAAAUUGUCAGAGAUGGGCGUGGCAGUUUUUGACCCAAGAGGUGGUUCAUCAAAUUCCGAGGUCGAGCAAAUCCAAGACAUCCAAGUACGCCAUACCAUCAUCGACGAGUGGGCUUGGGUGACUGCGAAGACAUGCCCAAACCGUCGGAGGGCCUGGCAUUGCGGGGCGCACAAGCCAUCACCAUACACCGCAAUGUUCUGUAUCAGCAACAUUCAAUCAAGCCAAAAAGUGAUGAGCCAGCUCACCGAUUACUUUCGGAUUCUACAAAACCAACACCUCACUGAGACGGAAGUGGCCGACGGCAUCCGCCGCAAGGUUGUCGUCCUGUCCUGGGACUCAAACGCGGAAUCCCAACUGUUCAACGAUCAUGCAUACAAUUUUACCAGCAUCAACGAUAUUGAGCACUGGGAUUUUCAGUUAUGGCUUCCCGUUCUUCACCGGUUCGGUCAUCGCAACAAGACUGGAGCCGAAAAGUUCUACGCGACAACUGGCGUGCUCGGCUUGGAAAAUUGUUCGAUCACGCUACACAAUGCUUCAAAUGACGCAUGGGCGCAGGUGGCUACCCUCAUUCGCUUCUUCCACAUGUCGAAGGAGGAGUUUUCCCACUGGGUUCAGGCUGAAGAGGAUCUCAAACCCUUGGAUUUGAGCUGGGUUGAUCUCCAGAUCCUCCACCACAACGCCGCCUUGGAACAGAAGUACAAGCGGUUUCCCAACCAUAACGGUCUGUCUGGUGUCUCGUUGGCGAUGCACCCUGACCUGCCCGGCCAGGCCAUGAGCAGGAACGGACGUCACCAUCAGAACCCCAACCCACCACCAGCCAUAAACGACAAUUCCGCCUUUCCGGGUCUACCUCCUCGUAUUCAAAAGAUCGAGGCACCUCCAAGGGUCACAUGGGGCGCCAAAUCGAACGCGCAACAUCUAUUCAAAACCAAUGAAAGUCGUGAAAUUGGCAAGGGACUCGGUACUGAAAUUCCGAAGAGGUUAGAAACUAAGCCGGCACCCAAAUCCUGCUGGUCUGUCCCACUAUCCUUUGGUUCAUCAUCACCAUCACCCUCUUCUGCUACCACAUCGCCCAACCAGUCAACCCCAGCCUCUACGCCCUCUUCUUCUCUCCCUUCAGCUUCGGUUUCCCGUACCCCCUCACCACCUACCCCCGCCACCAAUGGCAACGCACCUGCAAGUAGCAGCACUGCGACCAUUGUUAACAACGGCUCAAACAACUUUUUAUCCCACCAUGAGUCGGCAAGUGUCAGAGACCACGGAGCCGCAGGUUCCGCCAAGGAGGAUGGCCAGUGCCUAUCGAGAGAUGUGCCAAAGAGGAAAAAGAGAGGGAAGAAGAAAGGUCAGGUGGCCGGUGCAGAAAAGGCCUUCGAUAGUCUCGGGGCCCUCGGAGCCGAGGCCGGGGGUAUGGCAGUCUUGCACAACGCUGCCAAUGACACAUUCACCCAAGUCGUCGCCUUCCUGCGAUUUAUGGUCAUGACCGAGGCAGAGUGGAAGAACUGGCGUGGUCGCUCGGACUUUUACCCUGGUGACUUGGAUCCAGUCGAUUUAUCCUGGAUUAGCGAUGAGACCUGGAAGGCAAACCAGGAACUUGGCCCGUUACUUCAACCGGGGGAAAGACCUGACGAGGUUGAGGAGCCUGAGGACCCAGAGCCUGAGCCCGUCAUUGUGCACCACAGCGCAAUGGCUGAGAUUGAGGCUGGUGUCAUUUUCACCACUGUCGAUAGCGCGAUUGAGUCGAGAAGCUAG